AUGAUUGUGGUAUUCGUAGUGGACACGUCUCCUUCAAUGGGGCAACCCAUUGCUCCGUCCAGGGGCAAGGGAAAUCAUUCCAUGCUAUCUCGCCUUGACCUCGCGAAGAUGGCAGUCGAAGACCUGGUUAAAGGGAUGAACCGCCGAGUACAAGAACACAACGUCUUUUUACAGCACCAACCACCCGCCGUGCAAAAGAGCAUGGUUCAGAUUGGCCUGGGCUACUGCCCUGCCAACCAGUACCUCUUGCUCAGUACCAGUCGUCAGCAUACAGAUCAACCUGCCACUGCUGCUUGUGGAGCAGGCGGUCGUUUGUUGGUUGGAUUCGGCCCUGAUAACAUUUAUGGCAGCAAUCACCAUCAGCAUGGAAUGGACAGCAGCCAAGCCAUGGGACACGAUCCCAUGCACUCGGGAGAUGGAUCUAUGCACGGUGCGUCGAGCAACGCUGCAAGUUUUCAGAGAGAACUGAAACAAUUGCAGGCAGCCUCAUGGGAUCCCUCCAAAGCAACCGGUAAAAAUAAAGGCUUUCCCGACGAUGCAGGAGGGGCGGGAGGAUUGAAUACUGCCUUGUCAGCAGGAUUGCAGCUCUUGUCACGAUAUCGAUUGCAGGUUCGAGAAACAGAAAAUUGGGCUAUGGGUCGCUUGCCGAAUCCUGCCAUGGUUCUUCCCAAUGGAGCCUUUGCCUCUCAUGCGUUACAGUCGGGCUGUUUGGUAUUGCUCACUGAUGGAGCCUGUCUGAGGAAGCCACCGGCUGAAGGAGGUGGCUCUCUACAACUACAACCUGGAAACAUGCCCUUGCGUGAAUGGUAUAAGGAACCAUUUCGUUGGGACCAAAGAAUUGUGUGCUUGGGUGUCGGUGGUGCAAGUCAAAAUAAUGUCUCCUCAAGUCAAUUUCUACAUCCUAGGCUGAGAGCCCUCUGUGAGGUAACAGGAGGAUGCCUCACCUUGUUGCAAUCGACAAUAUCACUGCCGACCAUGACAGAGCGUUUGCUCCGUACGCUGGCGCCGCCUUUGCCUAGAGAGCUCCCCAUGGCCGAUCCACUCAAAAGUCCUGUAACUGCCGGCCACUCAGCCACCAUUUCAACGAAUCCUCCCAAUGGAACUUCCUCAUUUAUCAAUGGUGGUCCUGUUUGUUGCUUUCAAGCCAUUGAGGGUGACAUGGAUGGAAGUGGUGGUGCAAACCUGUACCGUGCCAUGCUACUCUAUGUACCCUGUCCAUCUCCUCAGAUGACUCCUACAGACGUACCAGACACGAUCAUAUUUCAUCCACCAAUGUGGUGCAUUCCGGAAAAUUAUUUCCCAAACAGAAAGUUGGAUACACUGCCUCCACGAUCCGCCCAACCGUUGCUAAUGAUAUCGCGCUUUCCUUCCAAAAUGGGUAACAAGUCCUUUGAACCAACCAUACUCAUGAAACAGCUGAAUCGGCUAGACCAGCUCAUUCUGAGCACGCGACAAUUACAACAAUCUGCACAGCCUGGGAAUCAGGCUCCCGCCGUCACCGUAAAGAUGCUCCAUCGAGAUGUAUACAUUUGUGAGUGGGUAUCGGUCGAUGAUAGACCUCCCAAAGCACCCCAACCUAAUGUGUAUGGCGGCAGUGAAUACUAUCCAGUCAUUGUGCAAGACGCAGGUCGUCCUACCAAUGAUGACACCAACUAUCUUCAUAUUGGUAUUCUACAUGCGCCAUCGUCAACGUCUACGUUGGCAACGUCGACGCAGUCCGCUUCGUCGCGGCCAUUCAGUACUCUGACAAUGCUUCCGCCAGAGCCUCAGAUAUUAGUGCCACUUUUGCUCAAAGCAGCCGAUGCAGAGCAUCGAGCCUUCAAGAAAGCAACACAAGGAAACAGCAACAUGACUGCAGAAAACAUGGCAGCGGUCAGUCGAUCUGUACAGGUCGACGAAACCUGGAAACAAGACUUGCGCAACUAUAUUUCGCGCCUUCCGCCCUAUUAUCAGGUUGCACUGAAGCGAGGCUUGCGAUCGGUGCUGCCAACAAGUCUGCACCAGAUCCUCGCGACAGCUUUGGCAAACGAAGCACCAUCAGGGGGCGGAGGUGCAGAUGGUUCAAUGUCCUCGUCAUCCUUGUCUAUGCACUGCUACUCAAAGGCAUGUUUUCAGAAGAUUCGUGGCGCCGAGCAAGUGUCACGGGACAACAACGAACGAUUGGAACGACAAGAAGUAGAGCUUCGAGGAGUGUCAAAGCUAAUGGAUUCUCCACAUCAGCAGCAGCAACCUCAGCCACAGCAGACUUCAUCGCGGCCACAAUUGCAGCGUAGCAACAGCCAAAAUAACUUGGAGGUUGGGUAUGGACAGUACGAUCCGAGGUCGAGCACAGAAAGUUUCUUGUCAGCGCUUCGAUCAUUGCCAGCGCCUUGGCUGGUUGGUGUCGAUUCCAAGAAGCGCAAGCGUGACGGUGAGACUGCGAAAAAUGAUACACCGACAGGAAAGGGCAAACUAAAGAGCGACACAGCAAAGUCUUCGAACGCGGCGAAAAAUGAUGUGGCACCCGCCAAAAGCGACAACGAGGACAUUCACGCAUACCAUACGAGAAAGCCCAAUGCCAUGGAAAUUCUCGGUGAUUUACCCGCAGACUGUUUGAUGGCCUACUACGAGUCGCGGCGACGAUGGAUCUUUGGCGGGUCCGGUCUCACAACAAGAGGCUUAAUAGUCGAGGGAGUGAGCAAUGACGGUGGCAACGUACAACGUUGUGGCGCAAAUCCGAAUGAUUUCCAGGAUCAAUCACUGUUGUCUUUUGCUGGAGUGGGAGUAUCGACUUUGAAUGAAACAACUGUUGCGAAGAUGGGAGACUACCGCGAGCGUUUACUGUGGUCUCGUGCACCAGUAGUUGGCUACGGUUCUAACGACUCCUGUGGGGUGGCAUCUACAACUGCAGCGGAUGGGUCGCCGAAAUGGUCUGUAGACGACGAUGCACUACCCUUGACUUUCUUUGAUCCGAAGACAGGAGCAUUUGUUGACUCGGUGCAGACCAGAGUGCGCGCUCGAUUGAUGGUCAAUUUCGGAAACGCCUACAAAGACAAGAGAGCUGAUAGUCUCGUCCCUGAGAAGUACCAGAAUCAGCGCCCGUCGAACCACCACCAUGACACAACUGGCGAAAUUGCCACGCCACCAGGAUCCCCUCCACACGAUUCAUACUCCUCCAGUGUCGAAGAAGGAGAAGCAAUUUUCACCAAAUCGCCGCCACCGAAGUCGCCUCCGCAUUCCAGCAAUCUUUCGUUGUCUCCGCGACCACCACCGGCAAAGCCGCCGAAAGAGGACAACAAAGACAGCAAUAGCGUUGGAAGUACAGCAACUAGCGAACCGGACGAUUCGUCUACCGGCAGUUCUGGGCUGCCACCACCUCCCCCAACCAAACGAGCAAAACUAGAAGGAGAAUUCAAGGCUUCAUUGAAGCCAACUCCAAAGCAACCACCUAAGAAGCAACGACCCAAGCCAGGAAUCUCCAGCGACAAGACUCCCCUAGUAUCCACACCAAUGACACCGCCAACAGCCCCUCCCAAGCUUAAAUCAAGCCCAGGAAGUGCACCUAGCAGUAGUUCUUCUCCAAGACCGCCUCCUCCACCAGUAAAGUCACCCAAGCCAACGCCGGGACCUCCACCCAAGGGCACAACUGCCAAGAGACCUCCUCCUCCACCAGGGACAAAACGCCAGCCUCCGCCCCCUUCGUUAAACAAGAAACCUUCUUUUAGUCUGGCCCCAUCCAAGCCACUACCGUCGUUUCCACUGAGGCGACCCUCGAGCCUUCUCUCUGGUGCGAGUAUAGGCCAAUCGUCAUCCACGGACAGCGCCGAUGGCGGCGGCGGCAAGUCGUUGCCAGCCCCGCCUCUUCCUAAACCAACCAAGCUCGAAGCUACGACAUCAGGUGGCAGUGUGGGUAGUGCAUCGUCAGCGGCGGGCGGUGGACCCAUCAAGCCUCCACCUCCCAAACCGAAGGCUUCGAGUGCCCCUCCUCCACCGAAGCGGUCAAACCCUGCCAAACCCCCACCGCCCAAGCCUCCUCCACAACAGCAACCGCCGCAACCGCAACCAACGUCGGAGCCCACCAAGACUUUGGUGUACACGGAGAGGGACAAGAAACCGGAUGUGGAACUUCCUGCCGGAUGGAUGUGUGUAUGGUCAAAGAGCCAAAAACGUUGGUACUUUUUUGACACCAGAAGCAACCGCAGUGUUUGGCAAUGGCCUCCGCCAGCUGGUAGUAUGUAG